AUGCCCGAGCCAUUGAAGCAGUCCGAGAUCGACAAGGGCCAGGACCCCAGCGUCACCAAGCAGUGGGACGACGAUGUCUCCCUCGACCAGAAGAUGGAGGACUUUGGCAAGAUUGCCGACGGACUGGGGAUCAGCAUGAUGGGCACAUUGAGGAACGGUGUGGGCCCCGUCGGCCGCGCCAUGGCCGUCGCCAAACGCAGCGGCCCCGACUUCCUCUUCCUCGCCAACGCCCACUCGCAAAAGUUCGAUGACAUCGAGAAGAACAAAGUCACCAACGUCUACUUCCACGACAGCACCACCCAAGACUGGAUCUCCAUCACGGGCGAGACGGUCGUGAGCAACAACGAGGACCCGCGGAUCAAGAAGAUCUGGACCGAAGGGGUGAAGGCGUGGUUCGGUGAUCUCGGAGAUGGCAAGCACAACGGACAGCCAGAGGACCCGAGGAUGAAGUUGAUCGAGGUCAAGGCGAACAUGAUCAACUACUGGCAGCACACGGUCGGGAAGGAGGGCUUCGGGCAGGAGAUCAAGGAGGCUAUCCAGCAGGGCAAGGUCGCGAAUACUGGGUCGUUGCGCCGUAUGGAUGGUAAGGAGAUUGAGCAGGCGAGGUCGAAGUUUGGCGAGAUGAGCUCCAGUUCGUGA